UUUUUAGUUUUCUAGAAAAUCAUGGCACAGACCGGGGUAGGUGAACGCGCUAUGGAAAUUUAGCGGCAGUUGACCUAAAUGGAUCUGGCCAUGGCAUCGCCCUCCUCCUCUGGAUCGGGGGAAAAGGAGGUCUCUCCACCCAAAGGCCCCAUCACCCAUGUUAUCUUCGACUUCGAUGGCACCCUCAUCGGCACGCAACCAUUCUAUACGUUGGUCCAGGAGCGGAUCCUCUCGAGGUUCGGGCAGCCAUACGACCGGUCCAUCGAGGCCAAGCUCAUGGGGAAGAAGCCCACCGAAUCGGCCCGCAUCUUCGUGGAAGAGACGGGCCUGGCCGGCCUCCUCACUCCCCAAGACUUCCUCGACGAACGGAACGCGAUGCUGACCGAGCUGUUCCCUUCCUGCCAACUCUUGCCCGGAGUCAAGCGUUUGGUCGGUCAUCUUCAUGCAAAUGGGAUACCAAUGUGUGUGGCGACAGGUACUCAUAAACAUAAUUUUGAAGUGCUGACCCAAAAUCAUGGUGAAACAUUCGCUAUGAUGCAUCAUGUGGUCACGGGUGAUGAUCCUGAAGUAAAGAAACGCAAGCCAGCCCCAGAUGUAUUUCUUAUUGCCCUGAAAAGAUUCGAGGGUAACGUGGACCCCAGUAAAGUUUUAGUUUUUGAAGAUGCACCAUCCGGAGUAGCUGCAGCAAAGAAUGCCGGGGUGUAUGCAGUUUGUCAGAAAAUCAUUUAAUUCAAUGCUUGUGGUAAUGCUCCCAGACGCAGGCCCAGAUGCUUCUUAUCCCAAAGAAGCAGACCAAGUCCUUAGCUCCCUGCUAGAUUUCAAGCCAAGCCAGUGGGGCCUGCCACCUUUCAAAGACAUGGUGAUAUGAAAAAUUUAUGAAUGGCAUGAGUAUUCACCGGAACCACCUGCUUUCUCCUUUUUGCCAAUACUCUGGUCGUGAGGCAGUUCUCUAUUUAGAUUUACUUCAAGGAAUAAUCCAAUUGGCUUCAAUUGGUUCAAAAUAUAUAUGGACAUGAUUAGUCUAAAGCAACUCAUUUUUCUCA